AUGAUAUCACGUCGUGCCGAUCCUUAUCUUCGUUCAACAUCAUCAACAGGAACAAAAAAUGAUUUAAUAAAUAGUGUAACUAAUGAAAUGCGAACAGUUAAUAGUCUUCUUCCAGUAGGUCCUUCUCCACCACCACUUCCACCUUCACCUCUAUUAUCAUCAUUAUCAAAUGUAAAAAGUCCAUCACAUCGUAUAACAGUUGAUGAUCUUCAUCAAUCUUCAUUUCAAAGUUUAACAACAACAAAUGUUGAAUAUCGUUUACAAUAUUCUUCAAAUAAUCAAAAUCUAAAUAAUUCAACAAUAAUAAAAUUAAUUCAAAAUCGUCGAGAAUCAGAUUUUGAUGUUACAAAUAAUGAACAACAACAAACAGCACUGCGAAUUAAAAUUCCUACGAUACGUGUCAUUCCUGUUAUUGAUCUUAAAACAAUCUUUAAUGAUUCCAAUGAUUAUGCAAAUCACAUUGAACCUGACGUUCAAGGUGGAUCAACAAUUGUUGAAAAUAUUCUUUACCUUGGUGAUCACCAUCGUUUUGAUGAAAAUAUUUGUUCUACUAGAUUUAUAGCUGUCAUUCGAUUAUAUCUUACUCUUAGUUAA